AUGAACCCUAGCUACCACGAUAAUGUUUUACAUCAACGUGAUAACAAUAGAACCAGGCUGUUUGACACUGGAGCAAAUGAGCAAGAAAUGGGUCCUUCUUCUCCAUAUGGAAAUAAUGGCAAAAUAGAUUAUUCGCAGAGCUCGCUGGCGCGUUUGGAAUCUCAGAAUGAAGAAGGAAUGAGUCUCAUGGGGGAGAGGAUCCAAGCUCUCAAAUCUUUGUCAUUAAAGAUGGGGGAUGAAAUUAGAGGCAGUAAUCAGACGUUGGACAAUCUUGGAGAGACAUUCCAACAAACGGCGACAAAGGUUAAAAACAACAUUACCAACAUGCUAGUAAUGGCGAAGAAUUCUAGGAUUAGUGUUAAGACAUGGUUGUUGAUUUUUUCCCUCGUCGGGUUAUUAUUCUUCUGGGUUUGGAUUCGUUAG